AUGGCUCAACCAGAAGUAACAUCGAUGUUGGACAAUGCAAAGGCACACUGGCAAGAUGCAGAAGUGGAUGUUCUACUUCAUCACCUGAUUCAGAAUCGGGCAGCGGGUGGCGAUGGUGGAAACUUCACAAUGCCUACCUUCAACAGUGCAGCAGCUGCUAUCAAUGACAAUGAUGUGAUUCAAACAAUAGGCCCACCAAAGAUGGGCAAGAUGGUUAAGACGAAGUGGACAUUGCUCAAAAAAAUCUUUAAUCAAAUCGAGAUCUAUCGCAAUGUAUCUGUUUUCCAUUGGGAUAAUGUGCGGGGGGCUGGAAUCAAGGGCACUGCAGCUGCCAGUGUUUGGGAUACAUAUGUUGAUCCCAAGUCACGAGCUGCAAUGCGCCCCUUUUGCAACAAAGGGUGGGCUUUGUUACAAUCAUGGUUACCCCCUAUCUCUUUUUCCCUUAUACUUGUGUAUUACGUCGUGACUGCACCUUACUGUGCCAUCAUUAGACUAACCACCUUCCAUAUCUGUAUUACAUCGUGA